GGCCGCUCCCACCUUCAGUCAGUGAGCACCGAGCAGCUGAUCGCACAAAUCACGAGUCACGGCAAAACAUUGGGAAUAUUCUUUUGUUCGAGAGCCCAGCGUUAAUUCGCAGAAAGAAAGGGUCUAUUUUGCCGUGUGCAGGAGGGCGAGAAGUGGACGAUGCUUGUGUGUUCACCGGGAACUUUCUGACAGACUACCAUAUUUAAAGUCUCUCAUUCCUGGAAACCUUUGUCACACAUACAUACAUACGCGAUCAUGCAGCUGGAUCCCGUGCUGGUUGAAUCCGCCGUGGUGUUCGGCAUGGUGAUCUGCGUUCACUAUGCCGUGUGGAACCAGCUGUCCUGGUGUUGCAUCGCUCUGGCCGUCCAGGCUUUUUACGUGCAGCACAAAUGGGAUCGGCUCAUUCGGACCGGCGCCGCCGUGUUCCAGUUCCGGCCUUCGGCCAACAGUGGCGUGUUACCGGCCAGCAUGGUGCUGCCUCUGCUGGGACUGGCUUUGAGGGGACACUGCAUCGCUGUGGGGAACAUUUACAUGGAGCGAUUCGCAAUGGUCAUAACAGUGAUCGGUAUGAUGUUGGCGCUGUUCCUAUCGCUCAUCGCGUUGGGAAUCACACGCCCGGUGCCCACAAACACCUGCGUUAUAGCCGGCAUCGCUGGCAGCGCCAUUCUGUACACAGUCAAGCAAACGCUAACAGUCUCCGAGGUGAUUGAAGUCUUGGAGGUGUUGCUUAUUUUUGUGUAUUUAAGCUUAAUCCUCUUGUACCUCCUCCCACGCUGCUUCACUCCCGGCGAGGCCCUCCUCAUCCUCGGUGGGAUCAGUUUCAUCAUCAACCAGCUCAUCAAGCGCUCUCUGGCCUCGUCCGGGAACGCGAACGCCGACCCGCUCACGUAUUUCCUCCCGGUCGCCCUGUUAGGCUUAGUGCUGCUGGGAAUCUUCUUCGCCGUGCUUUUCGUAUUCAUGGAAUCGGAAACCUGGUCAGCGUCGCUUUUCUUCCACACCAUGACGGCCGUUUUGGGAUUGGGCCUAUUGGUUCCUUGGCUUACCCUGCUCACGCAGCAUCACCCCAUCACCUGGUUGAUGCAUUUCAUCACCGAAACCAACACUCGCCUUUGGCUGAUCGGAUUCUGGGCUGCUUUGUUGCUUCUAGCAGUUGUCGUUGUGAUGCAUCAAAAUAGUCAUCGCUCAGCCGGAAGCAAGAAGCACCAAGCAUCGACGUCCGUGCGAAAGUACUUCCACCUCCUAACCGUGCUAACCUUCGCACCCGGACUCGCUCUAGACCGUCCUCUUCUUCAGCUAGCCUCGGUCGUAUGCCUCUCAGCGUUUUUGUUCCUCGAAUUCGUCCGCUAUUUCCGCAUCCGACCACUCGGGCCACCCUUGAGACACCUUCUUACUUUAUUCCUGGAUGAGAGAGACUCAGGACCGCUUAUUCUCACCCACAUCUACCUUCUCCUCGGCGUCGCCCUUCCAGUCUGGCUCACACCCGCAUCCUGCACCCCUAAAGAAGGCCUAGGGGGCGCCGGUGGCCUGGUGCCCUAUGCCGGUGUGUUGGCAGUAGGGGUCGGUGACACCGUGGCAUCCGUUUUCGGCAGCGCAGUCGGCGAGGUCCGCUGGCCAGGCACUAAGAAAACCUUUGAGGGCACAGCGACCUCCGUGUUCGCUCAGAUCAUCGCCGUGGUGGUUUUCCUCAUCGCCGACAGCAGUAUAAACCUGAACGCCAGCUACUCGUGGGUCGUGGGCUCAAUCACAAUGGUGGCCAUGCUGGAGGCGUAUACUUCGCAGAUAGACAACCUGCUGCUCCCUCUGUACCUCUACAUCCUCCUGCUGCUAUGAGAUCAGACCCAUCCAGACAGAUGAUACCAUUAUGCCAAUGCACAGAUAUUAACAGCAUUAAAUUCAUAUGGUACAGCCCUAGUAUUGUGAGUUUGGAAAGCAAAAUGCAAUAAUGAAACAUCAUUAGAGUGUUUAUGCUUGUACAGUGAAUAGAAAUGCACUGAAAUGUAUUCAAGAAUAAACCGUUUCUUAUAGUAUUAGAGUAAAACAAACUAGAAAACUACUUGAUAUUGUAAUCGACAUACAAAAUGGCACAAAACAAAUGUUUGAAGGUGAAAUGUGUAUUUUUUGCACCACUAGUUGAUUCGCACAUGACAACUUUAUUUGAAAACAGAGUUUGGUGCCGUUGUUGGCAGCUUUAAAGGGAUAUUCCAUCCAAAAAAUGAUAAUUUACUCAGCCUCAUGUCGUUCCAAAC